AAAAAGCCGUAGGUAUUGCUGGAACUUUUUGUUGCCAUGAUGAAGCAGAUAGGGCAGACCGAAAAUCGAACUAGUGAUAUGAGAAAGAGUGAUUCUGUCUCAUCUGUGGUUUCGGUUUUGUUGGAUUUCGAUUUUAAAAGUAGUGCAAAGAGUAGUAUGAACCAUGGCCGCGGAGGUUGCCUUGUUUGUCAUUCUAGUUCUGCCAGAACCAGAAGAUGGGUUAAUUACAACUUGCAGGGCGGUGAAUUGGAAAUAGAAUACCCCUUCGUAGGAGAAAUUGUUGCUUCUGGCGGUUGUCAGCGUAAAUGA